AUGUUCGUAACAUAUGAUAAAGAACUAUUCUUCAUUACAUUACACGACUGGUACUUUUUGCUCAGUUUUGUUCAAUUUGUCGAAGGACUCUCACAUUUUGAUAAGGAAGGGAACGGACUUAUCAACGUAGCGGAACUGCGUCAUCUUCUUACCACUCUAGGUUUUGAUCAAUUUUCUAUCCUGAUGAAAAACCAUCUGUGUCAUUAUUGUUCAGGUGAACGAUUGUCGGAUGAAGAAGUCGACCAACUUUUGGCUGGGCAUAACGAUUCACAUGGCAAUGUGAAUAUCGCCGAUUUUGUGCGCAACGUCAUGAAUUCCUGA